GGAAUCAACGGGACGAUAGCAGCAAUGAAGGAAGGAAGGAAGGAAGGAUAGGGUAGAAUCAGGGACCAGUUCGGUCGUCCGGCCUCGACGGUUCCUAUCGGUGGUCGUAAGGUUCUCAUCGAUGUAAGCGUUAUUGCUCACCGUUCGUGGGCUGUCAUCUUUCCGACCAUCACUUUCCUGCAUCCCUUUCUAUGUUCUCAUCUCAUCGUUGAUUCCUUCAAGGAAAAAAAGCUGUGAUGUCUGUUCAUCGGGACUCCGUCAGCAACCAGGUGGCUGAGGUGGGAUUGCAGUACAUCAACAACAGCUUGCCACAAAAUUAUGCUGCCUCAUUAUGAAUCAGUGAUGGCAUCAAAGAAACUUUUCUGAGAUCUUUUUGCCACCACCAUCUUGCCCUCAUCAUCUCCCACUCACAUACUGCUGGUUGGCAUGUUUGCAUGGAGAAAUUUAAUGUCCCAUAUAACACUCUCUCUAUCUCUCUCUCUCCUUUUCCUCUUUUCAAAAGCAAGCCAGAAAGGAAAUAAAAAAAAAAAAAGACAGAAAAGCUGAGGCCAGCCCACCAACUUCCACCAUCAUCCAAUUCCCCUUAUUAAAGGCCAUCCUAUCUCGGCUUUCUUCCCCUUGAACUCUCCUCCUCAUCCUCCACAUAACACCUCCAUCAGUGUCUUCACUUGUUCUUUGUUCGUCUUCUUUCUCUGCCAUCGACAGCAUUCAGUGCUAUGCGCAGAACCAUAGAGUACUGCGACUUGAGACUUGUGCUGGUUCAAUUCGUUGAAGAGACCGCUCUCUUCUUGUCUCUCAUGGUCAAGUGGCUGCUCCUUCCCUCCUACGGAUGGUGGCCUGCUGCUGCUAUUUCCUCCUCUUUGGAAGACAGCACCGUCGCCGAGGCCAAAGCUCGUCACUGCGCCGCGGCCCGGGCGGUGAGGGAGAGCCUCCACGUCUCGACCUACGCCGAGCUGGUAGGAGAGCAGGAAGAGUCGGCCACCGCCGACGCCGCCGCAGCAGCAGCAGCAACGACGUGCGCGGUGUGCCUGAGCGAGGUGGGGAGGCAGGACAGCGUGUGGGAGCUGCGGAACUGCAGGCACGUGUUCCACCAUGGCUGCCUGGACCGGUGGCUCGACCACGACGAGCACCUCAGUUGCCCGCUCUGCCGCGCGCCGCUGCUCGCCACGCGGCCAUCCGCUUCUCCUCCUCCUCCCCCGCCGGCAUCGGAGCCCAGCUGGGCCGUGGAGCGCCUCCUCUAUCUCUUCGGGGACGACCUCCUCCUCGCAUCUCCUACAUAGCUUCAUGCUCCGUUACAUCACAUGGAGCUCAGUCGGUUUUUGGUUCAUCGAGGGGGUUUGUUUACAUACGUAUAGCAUCCAAAAGAGCAAAUGUUAUAGACAUAUUUAGAUUCUUCAUUAGAAGAUUACCAAUGAAACUUAGUAUUCUUCUUACA